CCCACACACCAACCAGUAGUCCAUUCUUUCAUCUUCAGCCUUUGAACCAUAAAACCAGUGCUGUUGUGACAGGUUUAGAGACUUAGACAGCCAUGUGUCUGGCAGAAGCUGGGUGUUUUGUCCUGGUCUUCAUCCUGCACAUCUCAGGGGUUCAUGGACAAGCCAAUAGUAUCUGUGCUUUAAAAGGCUCAUCAGUGGAACUGCCCUGCACGGAUAUAUAUUCCUCUUCAAGCAAGAAAUUGUACACUCUACACUUGAAUAACUCCAGAUACAUUCUGAAAAACUUCAGUGGAGAUGAAAAUCGCACAUUGUACAACAUGUCUAAAGGGGGUAAUUUAAUCAUCAACGAUCUAAGAGAGAGCGAUGAAAACACCUACUGCUGCGGAAGCAUAGCUGACAUCCCAGGACGCUGCUGGUUCCACAGAACUGAGCUCCAGGUUGCAGACCUGCAGGUAAAGGUGAUCCCCACCACAGAGGGGCAGACGGUGACGCUGAUGUGUAGCACCGGCUGUCCUCUGACCGAAAACCCCGCAGCCUACAUCUGGUACAAGAACGGAGAGUUUCUCUAUCAGGACCGGUCUCCCUGGUACCAACAUCUGGUCGGCAGUGAUGAAGCGGUCACAUAUUCCUGUGCUAUCAAAGGCUACGAGGAUAUCAGAGCCCCCGAAGUCUCAGUGGAUUCUCUCACAUCGACCUGCUUUAACGUGACCUAUGCCAGAGGGAGAAUGUGCUCUUAUAACCAGUUAUCAGUGGACGAGCCCUGCUCCAUCACAUACCCCAGAGAAGUGUAUGUUCAAAGGACGCCUGUAGAUGAGGAAUAUGUCAGACUGACCUGUACCCCCAGCUGUCCCCUAACUGACCCUCACGCUGCCUAUAGAUGGUACAGGGACGAACACCUUUACAAAUUCACCGAGAGUCAAAACUUGACGGUUCCUAGAAAUGUUGGGGAAAACUAUUUAUGUGCCGUAAGAGGCCACGAGGAUCUGCACAGUGCCCAAGUCUGUUCUGCGGGUAAGAUCUGCCUGAGUUUGAAGUAUGCCAGCAGGAGAAUCUGUGCUCUGGAGGGUUCUUCAGUGAACAUCUCAGUGGAAUUGACGAAUGCUGACAUCCCCCAGCCCAACCUUAAAUUUUGGUACAAGAUAACGAGAAGAGCCAAGGAGAUUAGUCAAGAGCUGAUCGAGGCUGCGGGUCGUGUGGAGUAUCGUGAAAGCAUGAAGAAUCGCCACAUCCUGAGAAUAAAUGAUCUGAAGAGGAAUGACUCUGCGGAAUACACGUUCGAACAUAGAAGAAAUCAUAGGGGUUCCAUAGUAUGGAAACACUCUUAUUUCCCUGGAGUGACUUUGGUUGUCUCGGGCCUGAAAGUGACGAUGACUCCCGCUGCGUCGGUGACGGAGGCCCAGGGGGUCACACUCACCUGCAGUACCAGCUGCCCUCUGACCGACAACACAACCUACACCUGGUACUUGAACGGUCAACCUCUGACCCUGCCAGGGAACCACAACAAACGCCUGGUUCUAGACCCGGUCAGCAGGCAGCAGGCGGGAAACUACUCCUGCGCUGUCAACACCCACAGCGACAUCAGAUCGCCUGAGGAGACUCUCACUGUUCAAGCUCUUGGGAAUUCAAUAGUAACAAUUAAUGUGGUGAGACUGACCAUUGUGCCACUGAUCCCGGUUCCUCUACUUCUCUUCUACCUGUGGAUGAGACAAGAACUUGAGAAAAGACUUUGGGCACAAGCAAACAGCACCUGUGCCUUACGAGGCUCAUCAGUGGAUCUGCCCUGCUCGGCCAAACGUCCCAUUUCAGCCAUGAAAUGGUACACUUUACACUGGGUUGACUAUGACCCUGUUCAGAGCGAGAUCAUUGCAGAUGGAAAUCACGUAAGGUACAACAUGUCCGAAGGGAGUGACUUCCCGCUCACGAUCAACGAUCUGAGAGAGGGUGAUGAAAAUAUCUACUGCUGCAGAGAGACUACAGAUACACUGGAACACUGCUGGUCCGGCCGAACUGAGCUCCGAGUUGCAGACCUGCAGGUAAAGGUGAUCCCCACCACAGAGGAGCAGACGGUGACGCUGAUGUGUAGCAGCAGCUGUCCUCUGACCGAAAACCCCGCAGCCUACAUCUGGUACAAGAACGGAGAGUUUCUCUAUCAGGACCGGUCUCCCUGGUACCAACAUCUGGUCGGCAGUGAUGAAGGGGUCACAUACUCCUGUGCUAUCAAAGGCUACGAGGAUCUCAGAGCCCCCGAAGUCUCAGUGGAUUCUCUCACACCAACCUGCCUCAGUGUGACCUAUGCCGGAGGGAGAAUGUGCUCUUAUCAGAAUAAGUCGGAGGAUGAGCCCUGCUCCAACGUAUACCCAAGAGAAGUGCACGUUCAAAGGACACCUGCAGGGAGUCGCAUGUAUGUCUCAGCGAAGUGUGCCACCAGCUGUCCUCUGACCGAGUCUCCGACCGCCUACAGGUGGUACCAAGGCGGAUACUUACUCAUGCACUCUGAGAGUCAGCAGUUUGCAGUUUCCCGCCUCUCUUAUAAAACAUUGUCCUGUGCUGUGAAGGGCCACACGGAUCUGCUCUCUGCUGAAGUCUGUGUUCAGGAUGAGAACUGCAGGAGGGUGAAUUACGUCAGCAGGAGGAUCUGUGCCCUGCAAGGCUCGUCAGUGAACAUCUCAAGUAAAUACUCGUAUCCCCGCAACCAGCAGCCUAAGUUUAAACUUUGGUAUAAACUCACGCAAAGUGGUAAGGGGGAUGCAGAAACUGUGACCCAGGCCGCAGGUCGUGUGGAGUAUCAUGACGACAUGAGGGACCAACACAUCCUGAUAAUUAAAACGCUGAGGGAGAGUGACUCGGCAGAAUACGUAUUCAGACUCCUGACAGAAUACGGGGGACAAAAACAGCCGGAUUUGCCUGGAGUGACUUUGGUUAUCACAGGCCUGAAAGUGACGAUGACUCCCUCUGCGGUGGUGACGGAGGGCCAGACGGUCACACUCACCUGCAGCACCAGCUGCCCUCUGAGCGACAACACAACCUACACCUGGUACUUGAACGAUCGACCUCUGACCCUUCCAGGGAUCCGAAACAAACAACUGGUUCUAGACCCGGUCGGCAGACAGCAUGCGGGAAACUACUCCUGCGCUGUCAACACCCAUCAAGACAUCAGCUCGUAUGAGAAGACCCUCACUGUUCAGGCUCUCUGGAAUUCAAUGGUCCUCAUCAGUGCAGUAAGACUGGCUGGUGCAUUACUGAUCCCGAUUCCUCUACUUCUUUUCCACCUGUGGAUGAGGAAAAAGAAAACUCGGACCUCCACCGCUGAGCCUGAUGACAAAGGUGUAAGAUCGACGGGUAAUUUGAGAGCGUAUCAGUCCCGGUCAUGA